AUGAGUGAAAGUAAAAUUUCUAAAACUAGUUUGUUACUUUUAUUUAAUGAAAUUGUUAAGAUAAAUAUAGAAUUAUUACGAAAUAAGGAUAUUGAUUUAAGUACUGUCAGCAGUAGUGAUAAUUAUUAUGAGGAUGAGGAAAAUGAAAAAAGACUACCAUUUUAUGAUGAUGAAAAGGAAGAAAAUGAUUCAAGGGAACAAAUUAACAAAAAUGAAAAAAUCGAUAAAAAUGUAAAAAAUGAAAAAAAAAAGUUGAGUGAAAAGGAUAUUAAUAAUAAUAUAAAUGAAAAUAUAAAUGAAAAUAUAAAUGAAAAUAUUAAUGAAAAUAUUAAUGAAAACAUAAAUGAAAAAAUGAGUAAUAAUAAAAUAAAUAAUAAUGAUAUAUAUAGUAAUGGAAAAAAUAAUUUGAAUAGUGAUAUAUAUACGAAAAUACAAAACAAUGAAAGAGAUCUUAUAAAUAUGGUAUCAAGCAAAUUAAAAGAUAUAGGGAAAUGUAUAGGUAUGAAAUUAAUAGAAAGGAUGUUAAUAUAUAAAAAUGAAUUUUAUGAUGUUAAGGAUAUUUUAAAAUUUAUUUCAAAAGAUAUUUGGUAUAUUUUAUUUAAUAAAAAUUCAGAUAAAAUACAAACACAAAAAAAAGGUGUCUAUAUAAUUAAUGAAAAUGAUAUAGGUUUUUAUUUACAGCAUUUAUUAAUAGACAAUGAAACAAAUCAAAAAAAUAAUUUCAUUCAUUACUUUUUAAUUUUAAUUAUUGGUAUUAUUAAAGGCAUAUUAAAGAGGUUCAAAAUUAAGGCAUACGUGACAUAUGAGUUAAAUUAUCCCCAGUGUUCCUUUCAAAUAAAUAUAAAUGAUGAAUAA